UAUAACCUCAAAAAUAUUAAUCCGUUUGAGAUUGUGUUUAUGUACGGUUUCUAUUGAAUGGUGAUUUUCUUAUCAUCCUUGCUACUAAAAUAGUGUUUUAUUGAAACACAUAACAAUGGCACCAAUAGCGCAGAACGUUUCGGAGGACACAGAUUCUGGGUCUGAGUCAGACAGUGGGUCCAGCGCGAGUAGCAAGAAGAGCCCUAGCCCGGCUCCAUCCGGCAAGGAGGGCAGCCGAUCUAGAUCUGGCUCCCACAGUCCAGCUAAAUCAGGAAGUGGCUCCCCACAGUCCCACCACUCUGCUGCCUCCAGAAAAUCCUCCAACGCAUCCCGAAGCAAAUCCAACUCCCCUGCCGCUUCUAACAGAUCUCGCUCCGGCUCAGCUCAGAGCAACAAAUCAGCUUCAUCAUCUGGAAGCGCUAAAGGCCGAAGCAAGUCUAAGUCAAGGUCUAGAAGUGGUUCUCAUAGGUCAGGCUCAGGCAGCGCCAGAUCUCGUUCAGGCAGCGCGAAAUCCCGCUCGGCCAGUCCGAAAUCUGGCGCACAGUCUCCCAAAUCCCGGUCCCAAAGUCCCAAAUCAGGAUCCGCCAGCCCCAAGUCCCGGUCCCAGAGUCCAAAGUCCAGAUCCCAGAGUCCGAAAACCCGGUCGCACUCGUCAAAGUCGCGGUCUCAAAGUCCGAAGGCGAAAAGUCGGUCGCGGUCUAAGUCGGUGAGCGCGAGUCCGAAGAGUAGGAAGUCGAAGUCUAGGUCUGGUAGUGCGUCCUCGAGAUCUAAGAGUCCUGUGGAGAGACAGGACGUGCAGGACAGCAGAUCUAAUUCGCCGAAUCUCAUGAUAGAUGAUGAACAGGCUAAGGCCAAAAGUAGGUCCAGGUCAGGUUCAAGACAGUCCAGAUCAAAGUCCAGAAGUAAAUCCAAGUCGAAAAGCCGUUCUCGGUCGCGUUCUAAAAGUUCUAAUGCAUCAGAAACUAAUGCUGCAGCAGAAAAGAAGAAACGCGCCGUGAUAUCCGACUCAGACAGCGACGGGGACAAGAGCGUACCGAAACGUAAAGGCUCUGAUAGUGGGUCUGAUACUAGUGGGAAGCCCAAACGGAAGGCCAAGAAACUGGUGGAUUCGGACGAUGAUGAUAACGUGGACAAAGAAAAGACUGACACUGUAACUGCUGACGCCUUAUUCGGCGACGCCUCCGACAUCAGUACAGAAGAUGAAGCCGACAAGGCCUCCGGGCGGUCCCGUUCGAGGUCAAGGUCGCGGUCACGGUCAAGGUCGCGCAGCGGUAGCCGCGGCAGGUCGGACGAUGAGCGCAGAGAUGAUGAUGCUCGUAGAAGUGGAGAUGAGGUUAGUCCCCGCGACAAACCCGAAGAGGAGGAAGAAGUGGAGAUCCCCGAGACACGCAUAGACGUGGACAUGCCCAAGAUCUGGACCGAGCUCGGCAAGGAGCUGCACUUCGUGAAACUGCCCAAUUUCUUGUCGGUGGAGACCAGGCCUUAUGACCCAGCGACUUAUGAAGAUGAGAUUGAUGAGGAAGAGACGCUGGAUGAGGAAGGUCGAUACAGACUGAAACUGAAGGUGGAGAACACAAUGCGCUGGCGCACCAACUUCGACAAGGAAGGAAAUGCCAUCAAGGAGUCGAACGCGCGCAUGGUCAAAUGGUCUGACGGGAGCAUGUCCCUGCAUCUCGGCGCUGAGAUAUUUGACGUGUACAAACAACCGUUGCAUGGCGACCACAACCAUCUCUUCGUCCGCCAAGGCACAGGUCUGCAAGGUCAGGCGGUGUUCCGCACGAAGCUGUCCUUCCGUCCGCACUCCACAGAGUCCUUCACACACAGGAAGAUGACGCUGUCUUUGGCGGACCGCUCCACCAAGACCAGCUCCAUCAAGAUCCUGUCGCAGGUCGGCGCCGACCCUGACGCCGAUAGGAAGUAUCAACUUAAGAAAGAGGAGAUGGAGCUGCGCGCGGCCAUGCGCUCGCGGCCGUCGGCGCGGCCCAAGCGGCGCGCCGGCGCCGGCGCCGCGGCGGCGCGGCGCGACGACUCCGACGACGAGGGCGGCGUCAGCCUGCAGGCCAUCAAGAACAAGUACAAGCAGGGGCAGAAAGCGACGGCGGGAGCAGCGAUAUACUCGAGCGAGUCUGACGGGUCGGACGUGGAGACGCGGCGCGCGCGGCGCCUGGACCGCGCCAAGGCGCUGCAGGACUCCGAGUCGUCGGGCAGCGACGCCGCGCCCGCCGCCAGCGCGCGCAGCGGCAGCCGCAGCGCCAGCGGGAGCCGCAGCGGCAGCGGGAGUGGGAGCGGGGACGAAUAG